UUCAGAAGCUGUUGACGAUAAGGACGGAUCUAUCAUCACGCUGCUCCUGCCCGCAUAUCAUAAUCACAACAGCUGACAGGAUGAAUCUGGCGAUCGCAGCGCUCCUAUUGAGCAGUCUUGCUCAUGCUCAACCUUGGAGGGGAGAUCGGGACGGCAUCGCUCAGAUUAGCGGUGGUAACGGCGGAGGAUACAAUUCCUACAAUCCGUAUCCGACCCGCCAACAGCACCAGUCAACGUACAGAGCGCCACCACGCGGCGAGAUCCGCUACCAGCCCGUGCAGAGAGCCACCUACCGGCAGCAGCCGGGAAGUUACGUGUCCGUGCAGCCGGCAGCGUAUCGUCUGCAAGGCGCCGGCUACAGACGCGCGCAGCCGCAGUACACCGCUGCCGCCCAGGCUCAGGCUGGCUACCAGCUGGGUCCGAUAGAGCGCGCUCGCCGCACUAUCUCUCCCAUCGUGGCGCCGACAGGCGACGUCAGGCAACCGUCUGGUUUCAGUUUCAAUUUCAACAGCGUGCGCGACCAGGCUCUCCGCCACGUGCCGCACGGCGCGCAGCCGCCACGCCGCGUCAAGGAGCAAGUCGGAAACCGCUACAGAUCCGGAUUCGCACGUCAGUUCAACAGCGAUUCGGCCGACCGAAUCGGAUCCGGUAGCGGCGUCGUCAUCGCCGAGUUCACGGCGAGCCGGAAGGCGGAUCAGGAGAUCCUGAAGGAGUUCUUACAGGAGGCAAGCUCCGACGGCAAGUACAACUCAGGACUCGCCUACGAUUUCGCUAAACCGACCCGUGACGUCAGUUACCAGCCUGUGAGCAUCGAGCCAGCCAAGAUCCACGUCGGCAAGGCACAGCCCACCUACGCAGCGCCCUCUACUGGUAGCGGCUACCAGGUGGCGCCCUCUCCGGUCGUCACCAGAUACAGGGUGCCUGUUUCCGGCGCCAGCUACAGAGUGCAGGUUCCGCAAGGGUACGCACCCGUAGCGACGUACGCGGGAGAGAGGCAGCAGCAGGAGCAAGCUCCAGUUAUCACUUACACACACUACGGAGGCGGCGGGAGGCAGCAAACACCAGUCUCCUCAUACGGCGGUCAAAGUUAUCAGUAAUGCAGCAAUACGGCAGGGUCGUGGAACCUCACUGAUGGAACACAAAUCAGAGUGCGUUUAUAUUUUUAUACAAGCAAGAAUUUCGGAGAAUGCUAAAAGAUUUCCGCGUAGCAAGUGAAGUAUGGACAGCAUAACAUCGGUGUGAGUGUGUGUGUGUGUGUGUGUGUGUGUGUGUGUGUGUGUGUGUGUGUGUGUGUGUGUGUGUG